GCCCCUUAAAAUUUCAAUAGAUCACCUCUAUGAAUCAGGAAUCUAUCGUGGCUUAAAUCAGAUCGAAAGGAAAGACAUGGCAGAGCAAAGGAAGAAGCCAGAGGAAAAUUGAUCACUGGAAAGCUCAUGCUGAGUAGAAAAAUAAGAGAAGAAGAGAAAGUGCAGAAUAAGUCUCUAAUGAUAAAUGAAACUAUAUAUUGAAGAGUAGAGUGUGGAUAAGAUCUAAUAUUAGAGAGUUGGAUGAUGGGAUACAUGUAAAGAAGAAGUAAAAGCGUUGAGGAAGCCUAAUGUAUCAAGUCAAUUUUACCUUAAAAUUCAAGAUAGGCCCAGCCCUAAUUUGUUUACAAAUUUUACUCCAAGAAAUUGAAAGUAUUAUAUUUUAAAGGACAUCCAGCUUUAGAAAGAGUAAGUAACUAUACAUGCUUGAAGAUUAAAACUAACAUUUUUUAUCCACAAAAUUUAGUGGCAAUUUAACAUUUUAUCUGAAGGAUAGCUGCAUGAAGAGAAUCAAACAUUAUCCUGAAUCUCUGGUCUAAGGAAACCACAUUUUUAUUUGUUUAAUUUCAAUGGCAUUUGGAGGAUUGCUGUCUAAAAGUAAUUAUUCGAGCAACAUUCCUAAGCUUUAAUCAGGUGUUAUGUAAACAACUAAUUUAUAUCAUUAGGAUAAAUAUUUUGAUCUAUCAACCUCUAGUCAUCUUCAAUUUUUGCUCAAAAAUAGUAAAUGAGAAUUAGACAUAAGAAUGGUACAUUUCCUCGUAUAAAAAUUGAGCAAUCUACCAUACUACUUUACAUUCACAUGAAUCCAAAAUUCUACUUUAUCAGCUUGAAGAGGCUUCUAAUACGAUCUCCUAAUGUUAGAUUCUGAAGGCCUCAUUCUCCUCUUCAGAAUCACCAAUUUGGAUGCAUACUGGUUAUCCUAAACGAAGUAUUAGCACCCUUCUGGCUCAGUAAGCCUGCCCAAAAACCCCGGUGAGUUCACUUAAAGUCAAUAUCUGUUUCAAUAUAAGCC